GUAGCUGCUCAUUCUUAUCCCCUCUACCUUCGGCUGAUUCCUUGCUUGGUCUGCACACAUAGCGCCGCUGGUUGAUUGUCUCUGCAGUUCUCCAUACUCCAACUCCAGAAUGUCCUCACCACCACCGGACCCGCGUUCGGAUUUUUCAACACCAAACUUCCCCUUUAAGCGAGAAUAUUUGCUACGUCGCUGAAACCGGUGAUCAUCUUUGUUGGAACCGGCGAGAAUUUUUAUUGUGACCGGCGACCGGUGAGAUUUUUUGCUGCGUCCCGGAGAUGGUGAGCCAUUUUUUUUUUGUUGGGACCGACGACAUUUUUGCUGCGACCAGCGUGAUUUUUUGUCGCUGAGAAUUUCUGGUGAUUAUUUGCUGGGAUCGGGGAGAUGAUUUGUUGGGACUAGCGAGACGGCAAGCUGCGCCCGGCAAGACGAUUUGCUGGGACCAGCACAGGCCAUGUUACAAUGAGCUUUUUGUGGGAGGCAACAACGGCGAGUUGCAACAGUGAUGCAUGGCGGCGACGGCGAGCUGGGACAGUGGACGGGCAUUCACGGGAGCUGGGGCACUGCGAGUCGACGAGCAAAGCAUCGACACAUGGCGCCAGCGGCGCGUUUACCGGAUGACGGAGUGCUCGCGAGGCGACGAUGUCAAGUUUCCACGGCGAUGCAAGGCAGCUACGAUGAACUGCACGGUGGACAGGGCAUUCAUGGAAGCUGGGCGUUGCGAGUCAACGAGCAAAGCUAUGAGGCAUGGGCAUGGCAAUGACAGCCCGUUCCAUGCGGGCUGAGCACGCAGGUUCAGUUUUUGCAUGUGUUCAGCGGGUUCAAUUUUGUAUGCGUUCAGUGGGUUCAGUUUUGCAUGACGGAACCAGAUCCAAUGUUUACGGAGAUGGGCGCAUCCAAUGGACGAGGGAGGACCGGCGGAGCGACUCGGCCGGUUGACGGGCGCAGAGUAGCGCCCUUAUUUCAACCCACCUCGAGCAGAGCAUGUCUUUUGUCCCUAUUUAUUCUCUUGCUGCAGAUGUCAUGUUCUUCUCAGUCUCGCUACCAGGGCACUCAAUUUCGAUGGUUAAUACGUAGUAAGCUGCACGAAACAAACUAGAAUUGCAGAUGCCAUGUUCUCCGCCGGCCAAAUUGUUUCAGAUGUUUACAGGGAGCAUUCUGUAUGGCCAUGCCCAGUAUCUCUUGGGGUAUUUUUGCUACUAUGUUCAUCGGCGAGUUACGGAUUCUCACCAAAUUUCUGCCCAAAAUGUCACAUACCAUGACUAGUCAGAACCGAAAGGAACCCUCUGCAUUCUGAUUAUGAUGACUCUGACUAGUCACAACUCAAGGUGAUCUCUGAGUCAGGUCGAUCAACUUGCAAGAAAAAUCUAACAUGACUAAUCGCAACCUGCAAGAUUAGUCAAACCAAUCAGUUGAAACUUUUAAGACACAGAUGUAGACUUCAACAUUCUCUCUCUUCCCCUUCCCCUAAUUAAAUUGACGACCAAGCUCGGAAGAUGCUCAUUCUUAUCCCUUCUUCCUUCUCGGCUGAUUGCUUGGUCUGCACACAUCGCACCGCUGGCUGAUCGUCUCCUCAGGUCAAUCCGCAAGGUACAAGUGAUGAGUCGAGGAUGCCGGGGUACAAAUUUUUCAAGGACGCCACAAACAAUUUUUCCAUGGAUCAAAAACUUGGAAGUGGCAGAUGGGGAGACGUUUACAAGGCACAUCUUCCAACCGGAGAAGUGGUCGCUGUGAGGGUGCUCUAUGAGACCGGUCAUGACGAAUCAGACGAACAGCACUUGUCACAGGUAUUUACAGAACUUAUGAGCGCCAAUCACAAGAAUCUCGUGAAAGUUUUGGGCUAUUCCUGCGAAAGACAGGGAGAAUCACUACAUUACAAAGGGAUACCCAUAUUUGCUGAAAGCAUAAACGGGUUGAUCGGCUUCGAGUAUGUGCCUGGCGGAAGUCUUGCCAAAUUUUUUUCAGAUCAAUAUCUUAUUGGAGUUUACUGGGAUAUACGCUUCAAAAUAAUAAAGGGGAUCUGUGAUGGUUUACAAUACCUUCAUGAAGCUGGCAUUAUGCACUUUGAUCUACAUCCAGAUAAUAUAUUGCUAGAUGAUGAAAAGGUGCCAAAAAUAACAGAUUACGGUUUAGCAAUGACAUUCCGCGAAGCACACUCGUCAUUAGGUUUUACAGGGAUGCGUGAGUACUCGCCACCAGAAUUCAUAUCAAGGCUAGAAAUGUCAAAAGAGUAUGACAUAUUUAGCUUGGGUGUUUUAAUUAAGAAGAUAGUGACUGGAAUUAUGGACUACUCGAGCGUUGCUGACAUGGACGGACGUGAAUGUGUUGAGCAUGUACACAAAACCUGGAGGAGGAGGCUACAAGAGAUAAGGAGGUAUCCCUCGUUUGAAGCAGAUUGCCAGCAAGUGAGGACUUGUAUCGAAAUCGCAGUAGCCUGCACGAAGAGGGACCCACGUGAAAGGCCACUGAUGAAGGAUAUUAUACGUGAACUAUAUGAAGUAGAAACUAGGGGAAAUUACACAUCAUCGCAGAUAGAACAGGGUAUUCAUGAUUACGAAGUAAGGAAAUUUUCAUUAAAAGAGUUGGAACACAUCACGGGUAAUUUCUCUGAAAAACUUGGUCAAGAUGGCUUCAGUGCUGUUUAUAAGGGAAAGUUUGAAUAUGGCGAAGUGAUAGCUGUGAAGAGAUUUGAUAAGAGAUUGAGGAAACCAGAGCAGCAGUUUGAGAAAGUGGUAAAUAUUGUCAAGCUGGAGCACAAAAAUAUAGUUCGGCUGACAGGAUACUGCUAUGAGCCAACAAAAGUACCAGUUCUUAAUGACAAGAAUCCAGAUAUGUACAUAUUGCAGGAUGUUAUAGAGAAUCUGCUCUGUUACGAUUUUUUUCCAAACGGAAGUCUGGAAAGGAUAUUAGACGACAAAUCUUGCGAACUCGAUUGGCAAACUCGUCACAAAAUAAUACGUGGCAUUUGUGAGGGGUUACAUCACCUUCAUGUUGGAUGCCAGGAUGCGCCCAUUGUCCAUGAGGGUAUAAAACCUACCAAUAUUUUGCUAGAUGAUGGCAUGGUCCCGAAGCUAGGGGAUUUCUGCACUUCAAUGGCUGUCACACCAAGAGGGUACAUAGCACCAGAGGUCAUGGGCACCGGUGAAGCUACAAUCCGGUCAAAUAUAUACAGUUUGGGUGUUCUGAUAAUAGAAAUUGCAACCGGAGAUAGGUGCCCCAGCGACGAAUCAUCUGGCCGGUCAUAUAUCGAGAAUGCGCUGAAAUCUUGGAAGCAAGGUUCCUAUGUUGCAUCGAAGUACCCAUCACUUCAAGCGGGUUUCGUCCAACAAGUGGAGUGUUGGAUUAACAUUGGGCUGAACUGUGUGGAGAUCCUACCCGAAAGAAGGCCUACUAUUGGGCAAAUAAUGCAUUUCCUUGAUACCGAAUCUACAAAUCCAGAGUGCUAUGAGUAUGUGGAAUUCAGCCUUUCUGCUGGGAGUAGCAUCACAGCAUGGUCUUCUUCAGAAAUGGGCGAUCACGCAAAUGAACUGGAUGCCCUAGAGAGCAUGUUGUGUGACGCAAGUGUGGAGCCAACAAAGCUAUCUUAUACACUUUUAAAAUUAGUUACAAGAAAUUUCUACAGAUUAAUUGGACAUGGUGGGUUUGGAGCUGUUUAUCUGGGAGUCCUUCCAAAAGGGAAAGUUGCUGUGAAGAAGCUCUCUAUAUUGCAGGAUUUAUCGAAUACUGCAUUCAUGGAUGAGAUUCUAUGCUUAAAAAAGGCACGUCACAGUAAUGUAGUCAGGCUUCUAGGCUAUUGUGCGGUGGCUGAGGGUCAACUGAUGGAAGCGAAUGGAACACAUGUGAUGGCAGAGAGAACAGAAAUGUUACUCUGCUUUGAGUAUGUUCCUAAUGGAGACCUUCAGAAUUAUAUUAAAGAGGAAUGUCGUGGACAUGAAUGGCAAGUACGUUACCAAAUUAUUAAGGGGAUUUGUCAUGGUCUACACUACCUUCACAAACAACGCAUUAGUCAUUUGGAUCUGAAACCUGGGAAUGUUCUGCUGGAUGCUAACAUGGAACCAAAAAUUACAGACUUUGGUCUGUCAAGAUUCCUUGCUGAAGGGAAAUCCAUAAUUGUGACCAAACAAGCAUUCGGAACACGGGGGUCAAUUGCACCAGAACUUAUUAACAGUGGUGAAAUAUCAUUCAAAUCUGACAUAUAUGGUUUGGGUGUCAUUAUCACAAAACUGUUAACGAGAGAUAACAACUACGAUUUCGAUAAUUGGCAUAAAUCACUGGAGGUGGGUUGCUCACAAGAGAAAAUGUGUGUUGAACUAGCUCGAAGGUGUGUCGAGUAUGACCAACAUAAGAGGCCUACGAUAGAUGAAAUCAUUCGUGAGCUCAAUGAGAUGGAGAACACUAUCCAAGAGGAAGAGCCUCCAAUUAUCCAAUAAUGGAGAAACGACCUAUGGGCUUCCAUCUACCGGUAGUGAGAGCGUGAAGAGAGGCCAUUCAGGAUUGCAGCUAGAGCCAGUAACCCCGCUUGGAGCCUGAAGACCUCACGGGACAACCCUUUCCGGCGGAUAAAUUGCGGUGUGGUUGUUUGACUUGUCAUUUCUCAGCCUGUAACAAUGUCAUUCGCAAAUCGUGGUUGUGACUUCCAUACCGUGGUCUAUUUUGUUCUCGAGUUGUUAGUAAGGCCCUGCUGGUUCAUCAGUUUGCAGACCAGACCUAGCUACUUGGCCUCACUGUUUACUAGCUGUAUUGUACCAGUACCAUUGUUUAAACUGUUCCGGGUGGUGGCAUCUCUGUUUUCUUCCAUUUCUACAUGCGUUCUGCUAGCAUGUUGUAUCCAACACUGGUCUUGAACUUGUGAUCGAUGCAUGUGGGGUUAUUAUAUACAUAUGUUCUUCUUAACCGCCACAAA